CCGGGUUGGAGAGGGAGCGCUAGAAACGCUUUCCCCUUCAUUGUUUGAAAAAUCCCGCCUGUACCCCCCCUCCCCAAUCGAUAGAUGGCGCUCUCUAUUGUUGACUCGGAUCAAAAUGGCAGCCUGUAAUGGGCGCUCUGGGGCAACGUUGUUCGCGGAUCCCCACGAUAAAUGCUUCGUUUGACGUUAAUUUUCACGGAGUAUAUGCGAGUACCGCACCUAGCAUACUCGCGAGUGUGCACAAGCGUUAUUCUACGAAUCAUGUGAGGAUUAGAGUGCUGUCCUGUAAUAGCAGUGCCGAGUGCCGUGCGUUGGAUCGCGGACUUGUAGCCAUAUUUACUGUGUUAUCCGCUGAAAGAUCGGUCCCCAUCCCGGAUCCAGUGCAAAUACAAGUUUCUCCGAGCUCCAGCUGUUCACUGUCAAGGAGAGAAUGGAACAGCUUUCCUUCCAUUGGAAAUCAGUGUUACGAUUCUAUGAAAUAUAGAUGAUUUCCAUGUGUUUGCCAAGGAAGAAAUAAUUAAUUCUACAUUCGUGGAUAUCGGUAACGAAGUUAAGAAUCAAAAGACUAUGUUAUGCACGACUUAGCGUCUCACCGUGAUACCCUUGCAAGGCAAAGUCUGCAGAGCGCAGACCAGGUUGGCUAGGCACUCUCGUGCCAAGCGUGGGUAAUGGAUCCCGUUGGACCCUGGUAUGCCUCGUAUAACCGUUUGGCUGCGGGUAGCGCUGCUAGUACCUUCCAAGCGACGACCCCGAGCACCGGUGGCGACUUUGUAUCGCAUCAUCUGGCUACAGCAGCAACACAAGCUGUACCCUCGACGACGACGUCGCAGCUACUUUUGCAAGCUGCACAUACAACCGCAACUCUGGCGGGUCAACCUUCUCCAUUCAACCCUGGGGGCUUCCUGUCUCCACCCCCGGUGGGCUAUGACGUUUUCUCGCCGCUAUUUCAUCAUCCAAAUCCUAAGCAGGCUCACUACGUCACACAGCACAGGCAAGCAUUGGCUCAGGCCCAGGUCGCUGCUGCCACCAAACAACCGUCCACGACCGAGUCUGAUAUUUCAACCCUGCGUGAAAAUUAUAGUUCGGCGCAUCAGGCUACUUUCUUCGAACACCAACCUAAUGCAUCCUCGCCAACAACUUCGAGCCUGGCGUGGACGCACCAAAACAAUUCGCAGCUUCCAAGUCCCUUUGGUAUAUUACCUCAUGAGAGUGUCGUACCUUCAUCUCCUGGACCACCAUCCACGAAGGCCGGUGGCGCCGCGGCUUAUGAGAGUACAUUCAAUGCUCACUUUGCAGCAGCACAGACUUUGAAUAAUCUCAACUCUCAAUUGCCAUCACCCACCGUCACCACGGAUGAUUUUAAGUCCUCCAAUUAUUCGGAUACGAAGAAGGCAGUCAGCGUCAGGCCGCAGUCUCCUACAGUCACAGUAAAGCCUGUGGUAUCCACAACCGCCAAUACGAGCCAAACGUUUUUCCAACAAGCGCCAACAACCUUCAAUUCAGAGACCCUAACAAGCAAUUACGCAACGGGUAAUGCGAACCAAAGUACGAAUGCUAAAGUUCAGGCAUCUCUGCAGCAUCAACAGUCGUGUAUCGUCACGACACCGAGUAACACACCGAGUAAGGAGUAUAGAAUUCCGCAGCCACCCUCCAGGUCAACAUCGUCGACCUCUAUCUUCCUUACUGCAAACGCGUCAGUCAGAACAGCUCCAGCUCAAGUCCAGGAUAAGCAGCCCACUAGAAAUAGUAGUUUUGUUUCACCAUCAGGAAAAGCGGGCACCGCAACACAGCAAGCAAUACAAACAAAAGCGCAAACUAAAAUUUAUCCAGAGUUAAGCGCUCAUAAUGACCACAGAAGAACCGAACCCGGUCAUGAGAAUAGUCAGUCAUCACCGAUUAGCUUUUCUAUGAUGGAUUCCCGUAAUUUAAACUAUGCUACGAGUAACGCUACUAAUUGCAACAAUACAAACAGUAAACUGGCAAGUAAUCAAAGGACAUCAUCUAAUAGUAAUCUACAACAACACAAUCAACAGCAGCAGCAAUUUCACGUAUUAAGUCAACAGCAACAACAACAACAGCAGCAGCAGCAGCAGCAGCAACAACAAACGACACCUUACAGACAUUACUCAGCAGGCUCGGCUAGUGAUUCCGAGUAUCAUCAUUCAGGUAGAUCCAAAUCAACAACUUCCACAGAUUCCGCAUACUCAUCAAACACUUCCACGCAAAAUGGACCUGAUUGCGGAGUCGUCGUUCCUAGGCGACCCAGUCCUCUGCAAGCUCACUCACAGGCUAGUCCCUUGGGGCACGUACCCAGUCCAGCAUAUCCUAUGUACAACAGUCCCAUGGCAACGAUGUCUUCCCCAUCGCCGCUCCAGCAACACGGCGAGAACGGUAAUCAGUGCGCGAGUGGUGCAGCUUACAAAGCAACAGUGCAGCAACAAGUGACUCCUCCAUCGCCACUCGACGUAACUGUUCCUAGACCGGCCUCUCAGGGUCAGGUAGCCUAUUCUUCAGUGAUAACACGAGCACUCGGUGCCGCUGAAAACAAUAAGGCCUAUACUACCGAGAAUAGAAGUUAUGACAGACAGCAGCAACAACAGCAAGAGUUUGCACAAACGCCUAAGCAACAAGUUUGUUGGGAAAACGACAGCAGGCAAACGAACACAAAUAGAAAAUUUGCAGUGUCGGCUUAUACAGGCAAUACUGAAAUCAAUGCUCAGACUUUACCUGGUCAGCAACAAGCACAGAGAGUUUUGAACAUUUCUGAGAGACAACAGGCUUACUUUGACUCGAACCAAGUAACGUUGCAGGAUCUGAGCAGUUGCAGAGGUGAUCCUAUGAGUAUAGUUAAGAAUCUGCAAACGCUACAACAAGGCUCAUGUCAGGUACAGCAACAAGCUGCUGCUGCAGCCGCAGUUGUUGCUGCAACCGCUGUGCCUAAUACAGUUAACGAACAACAUAAGCAAGUCGAAGACAGACGUAAGGUGGAUACAGCUAACAAGAAGAGGAAGAAUUUCGAGAAGGGUGGACAUGGGUCUUCCUUGAAUGACCUUGCUGCUGGAGCGGCAACGAUGGAAUACUUGAGCAGAAUACCUCCACCAGCUCAUCACAAUGCUAAUCAGCAGCAACAAAAUGGAUAUUUUGAUUUUGAGAGAUGGAAUCUGGCGCCAGCACCUUCCAAAAUAUUCUCUGGUGCCCCCGGUGCAUUCAGCUCACAAUCCACGUUACAUCAUUCUACUAAUUUUGUUGGCAAUCCUGUGCAUCAGCAUCAGUCCCUCAUGGUACCCCAUCAUCAUGCGCCACCACCUAUACCAUACUUCCCUGCAUUUCACAUACCCCCGGGUCAUCAUCCUCAUCAUGCCCACGAAUUCCAAUCGGCAGUGGAAAUUACGCCUAUUGGAUUUGGUGAAAAUACCGGUAAUCAGAAUCCGAAUUAUAAUCAAGAAGUAAGAGACGAUCAGCCAAAGGUAAUUGUUCCUAAUAUCGAGGAGGAGCUCGGUUACCUUCAGCAGAAUCAACAACCUUUGCAGAGUAUGAACCAAGUCAAUAAGGAUUUGAAGCGGCCUGCUAAAGAUCCGAAUUCUGGUUUUAUGACGAGUUACCUAAAGUUUCUGCAAGGUGAAAGGGAACCUUCGCCACCGCCAGCAAUUCGUGGUGGAAGAAAAGCAACGUGGAAUAGGUCUAAGCCUUACAUGCCCGUGGAGUCCAGUAAACCUAAUGAUGGUUCAACUAAUGGUGAUAGCAUACAGAGUCAGUCGGAUAAAUCAGCACCACCUAAAGAGACUCCUACAAUCGAUUACGCUAAUGAUCCUAGAUAUUUUCCUCUACCAAAGGAAAGGAAAAAACAUAGCUUUGAUUCCAGCGAUGAUGGCUUCACUAGCGAUGAUGACUUUCCUUUCCCAGCUAAGAAAUCUGAAAAGAAGACACCCAACGCCAAUAGCACGUGCACUGCGGAUAAUUCUUUGAAGUCGGAAGGAAAAUCUAGAAAAGGUAGACCAAUUAAACCUGGUGGACCUACGGAUAGGAAAAGAAAGGCUGCAGCAGCGGCAGCGGCAGAAGCUGCUGCUAUUACUUCCAUGGGAAAGUCCUCAAAGAAGGUUGAAGAAGUGGAUCCAUUGUUACUGCCACCGAGGCGCGAGACAUCCAGGAGGAAAGCCAAGGAGAAGACGUCGGUGAAGCAAUUCUUGGAUCGUCAACAGGGUAUCGAUUAUUUUGAUAAUGACGAAGAGCAGGGUGACUCCGAUUCAGAUCCUGCUUGGACGCCGGCUGCGAAGUUGCUCGGCGACGAAGAGGAUAAGCGAAAGAAAAGAGGGCGUCCGGUCAUUACAAAAAAAUCAAGAAGAAUCCUGGACGAGGAUGGUUACUCGUCCGGCGAUCUAACGGUUCCUAAGAAAACCAUAAGAAAGAAGCACGAAAUGCCUUUGAAAAACUCGAAUAGCUCUGGAAAGAUGACUUGUAAAAUAGAUGAGAAGGUUAUUGCGUCUGCGAGCGACGAGGAUAUCGACAUUUCGCCAUUCAAGUCUGGCGAAUUCGUUGUGAUUAAGGCUGAUCUGGACGAAGAAUUUCCUGCUCUAUGGAGAAUAGACGGCAAGACUUUACUCCAGAAAUACGAACCAUUUCAGUCGAAUGGAAAAACGUUGUACAGAAACAUAUCCACGUACUCUGGCUGGGCACCGCAGAAUCGUCAUAUAUAUCAGCAGGUGCCUGUAAAGUUCUGGCAGCAGGGUAAAAUGGAAACGGUUGUCGAAUUUUUACGGGAUGAGAUGAUUCUCGACGACAGCGAGUGUAUUGAUAGAUCUAUGAAGGAUACGGAGAAAUAUCAGGACAACUUUGAAGUGUAUAUACAGACGUUGAUUUCGCAAGCAUUAGAUUCAAAUUUUCUUACAGAAAUAUUUCAAGAGCAAGAUGAUUAUUUCUUAUCAAAUGUGAAGACCGUUGACGAAAUAACAGAAGAGAGAAAACGGCGUCUACUAGCAACAACGAAAUGGCAUCCCAAUGUCGUGAAUGCGAUAUCUACCUGGCCGUGUCUUAACGUUCUAAAGGAUUUACCAGCAGCGGAGUCUAAAGGGAAACAGUGUGCUGGUUGUCAGCAAACCAAGAUACACGCAAGAGUGUUGCUCUAUGGGCAACCGUACAAUUGUACGACACUGGAAGGUUCUCCACCUCACCCUAGAGUGCCACAGGAAAAGGACUUCUUGUUGUGUCGAGUAUGUCAAGCGAAGGUGGCUCUUUAUAAUAAAGUAGCGCAUCAGAAGUAUCUGAUGUUCCUGGAGUGCGCGAGGAGAGUUACUGACAAAAGACUCGCUGAUCCUCACAAGGACACCACAAUAAUACUUAAUGAACUGUUAGCUGAUGAAGCGUGGCUGAAUCAGCUGUUUAAGGAGGUGCGAGGGAUAUGGGCUGAGAUCGACAGUAUGGAGCAACAGGUCAAAUCUAAAACGAAUCCUUCGGCAAUAUCGUCGGCCUUAACGAGUUUAGUUAGCGAAACAAACGCCAGCGUCUCGACGCAACAAAGAAACGAGGGACCUGCCAAUACUUCCGAAUCACAGGUGCCUACACUAAACGCGGAGAUCGAUUCGCAAGCGGUAGCCUGCACUAUACAAAUGGACAGUAUGCCGUCUUAGUGGUGCUACGACGAUCGUUAGGAUCAUAUGUCAUAACGGCUAAUGCGACGUGGAUAUGAUAUACGUUUCUUUUCGAACCAUCCGUGACCCCUUUGCUGGAACGGAAAGGAGUUCCAGAAGGUGGAAGGAUGAACAAAAGCGAGAAGAAACCCAGUGAUAAUGUAUACGCUCGCAAAACUAUGAAAAAGUUAAGUUCAAGGAUAAAUACCUACUAAUUGAACUGGUGAACAAAUUUUGCGCAAUACGUGUUAUCGUAAACGGUCUCGAUAAAAUAUGCGCGAAUUGCAUAAUGACGGACGAUCGUUAAAGUAAAAGUGUAAUUGUGAAGAUGCUGUAGCUAUAGUGGUAAGUAGUAGGCGACAUGUAGUGGUAAGUAAGGUGGAACGCAAGAAGAUGUACACGCACCGAGCAUAUGUAACAUAUUCACUUAUGGUAUAGCGAUUUAGGAGAUCAUGCCCAAGUUUUGCCAUUACGAGUAGCAUAAUCGAAACGAAAUUGAUAUAUAUGUGUGAAUAUAGACCUAUAGUUGUAGAGUUUGUAACGUGCAAGGUGGGAGUGUGACGUUGAAUUUAGGAAAAGGCAUUUUGAGAGAAUAGAAGAGACAGUAGAAUAUAGUUGUUUGGGCUGCGUGAUUCGAUGAGAUAACAAUAGGAAUAUAAAGAUGGCGCCGGGAUGCUAUGGUUGCAGAGCUAGAAUUGACACGGCACGAUGGCCAUUUCCUUUUGUGUAACAUACGUAUACAUCACACCAUACACACGAAGAUCUAAUCACGAUGAAAGAUGAAAUGAAAAUUCGCCUUAGACUUUCUCUCAAGACAAAUUAGUACAGCCAGAACGUAAACUCACGGUAUUCAUAAAGAACUUAGUACUUUUCGAAUAUGUUUCUACUAUUUAUCGAUGCAACUUGUAAAAAGCAUUAUUUUGCAAGCUUGGAUAACUUAUAACUUUUCAUAAUGAGAAUUCAGGGCGAACGUAUUCCAAUAUAAUGAGAACAAUACUUUUCUCUACUGAAAUUAUUCUAAAAAAUUGCAUUCUAUGUUGGUCUGCAAGGAUCUUUUAUUGCAAAGAAUGCGCUAAAAUUUAAACGAUCUUCAUUCUCUUGAAGUAGCAUCGUAUUCUUAGUUUUUGAUAGAGUGACUCCAGCAGUAAAUUGACAGGCCCCAGUAAAUGGAUAUUUUCAGGUAAAUUAUAUCUAUAUACAGUGUUUUUAACACGGGUCUUCAUUUACUGGAGUGUUUCUUACUAUUCAUUUACUGGUGGAUUUAAUCUAGCUAAGCCAUUGUCUUUCGAUUAAUUGAGACAUCCGCUCAUCGAAUCCUUUUUUUAAUGUAAAUUAUCAAUCUUUUCUUGCGCAAAAUAAUUUAGACCAUCUCUUCUUACAAUGCAGUCAUAAUUAGUAAAGUAAAUUAUCCGACGAGUACCUUCCAGAGUAACAGUCUGCGUCAGUGAUUUCUCGAAGGAAGCCUGAAUGAUUUUAAUAUUUUUUAUUCACGACUGAGCUAUAAUAGCCACUUUAUUCCCUGAAAAGCAGGACUAAAGUAGCAUUUUAUUCCCGCAUAUUUGGUUUUCCCGCAAAUUUACUUUAUUUCCGCAAAAUUUUGAAUUUUUUUUAAUUUUGAAAAUUUUUGAAAACUUGAAAGUUUUGAAAAAGUGAAAAAUUUAAAAAUUUUGAAUUUUUGAAUAUUAGAAAAAACGUAUAUUUCCAUCAUAAUGACGGUGGCUGAUUUGGUUCCACUUUUCAGGGAAUAAAGUGGCUAUUGUAGUUCAGUCGUAAAUAAAGCACUAUAUGUAACACGAGAGUAAAGUCGGUUAUUCCCGCGGGUGAGAGCUUCGCUCGGGCAGUACACUCUCACCCGCGGGAAUAAUCAACGACUUUACUCCCUUGUUGCAUAAUGUGCUAUUAUGUAACUCAUGCAUGAAAAACACUACUUUUCGUGCCUCCGAAGUGUGGCGAAAGUGGCGCUUUAUAUCUAUGGAUACGAUAAAAAUGCUGCGCAUGCGCAAAUCGGCCCAAUUUUACAUUA